AUGUCUGAACCUUUUGUCUUCACAGCUCCAUCGAAUAAUCGAAAAUCAAAGAUGCCAUUCUCCUGGUCCUUUCUACCAAAUCCUAUACCAAGGCGCUAUCGACGUCGACUUCGCUCAAAAUUUAGAUCAUCAAUUUCUCCUACCGGAACUAUCGCCUCGAUCGAGACCUCCUACAACCCGGCAGAUACGAUACGCGCAUUGAGGGCCCACCGGUGGUCUGUUUACGAUUCGAAGUAUUUGGUUCUGAUUAUUAUAACUGUUUUCUGUCUCUCUGUUAGCCUGGCUCCGGGGCCAAUGAUAAAGACUGGUGCUGCUUCGCUCUUGAUGCUCGCCCUCCUUAUACCAGUUACACGGCAGUUUUUUCUCCCAGCUUUACCGAUCUUAACAUGGGUCCUCUUCUUUUUCAACGCACGAUUUAUUCCUACCGAAUAUCGGCCGCACAUCUGGGUAAAGAUUCUACCAGCGCUAGAAAAUAUUUUAUACGGUGCCAACUUGAGCAAUGCUCUAUCGAGACAUCAAAACGCCAUUCUUGAUAUACUUGCUUGGCUUCCCUACGGUAUCCUUCACUUUGGAGGGCCUUUCGUCUGGGCAGCCCUCAUGUUUAUAUGUGCGCCACCUGGAACUGUACCCAUAUUCGCUCAGACAUUUGGCUAUAUGAAUAUUGCCGGUGUUGCCAUUCAGUUGUUGUUCCCCUGUUCUCCACCAUGGUACGAGAAUACGUAUGGCUUAGCUCCAGCAAAUUAUUCCAUGGAAGGAUCGCCGGCCGGCUUGAGAAGAAUAGAUGAGCUGUUCGGUGUGGACAUGUACACUUCAAGCUUCACAGCUUCACCUCUAGUAUUUGGGGCUUUUCCCUCUCUUCAUUCCGGGAACGCGAUUAUCGAGGCUUUCUUCAUGAGCCACUGCUUCCCUAAACUUCGGCCACUUGUUAUAUUUUACGCUAUGUGGAUGUGGUGGGCAACUAUGUAUCUCUCCCAUCAUUACGCAGUGGACCUUGUUGGAGGUGGUUUACUGGCUGCAGUAGCGUUCUACACGGCCAAAACAAAUUUUCUACCGAGGGUUCAACCAGGCAAGGUAUUUCGGUGGGAUUACGACUUUGUCGAACGAGGCGAUCCAUCAUACAGCAGUUUUGGACAUGGUCUAUCAGCGCUAGAUGUGAUUGAGCUGUGCCAAGACAGUAGCGACGAGUGGUCAAUUGGGACCUCUUCAUCAGUGUCUGGGAGUCCAAUUGAUGAAAAUGGAUCCUCAUGGGAGGGAGAAACCCUUGCAUCUCCAACCUCCGACUCUGAUCUCAAUGAAAUCGCAUGGUGA